UCGACGGUUCCCGAUAACAAUAUUGUUGUUCGCGGUAAAACGUGAUGAUGAUAGCGCGACGACUGCGCGAUAACAACGUUUUCAGCCCUCACGCUCCGUCUCAUGCGCUAGGAGCAGCCGAACAUUUUCUUCCGUCCUACGUUGUCCUUUUCGUGGUCCGAGAUGCGGGACUUUGGACAGGUCGCGACGUUCCACACGUCCGAGCAGGAGAUCAGCCCGAUGUGCAUAUAUCUGGUGAAGAACGACAGCAAGGGUGACAAGCUGCUGUUCCGGUACCCGUUCUGCAGCUUCGGCCGUCCCGUCAAGGUGACCGCGAACGAUCAGAAACGGUCGCUGCACAAGGAGUCCGUCAUGGACAACGCGGUGCAGCCGCACGAGCUCAACGACUUCACGGACGACGUCUUAUCAAGUCUGUUCGCCGUCAAGACCGAGCUGUGCGGCCGCAAGUUCGAACUGAAGGUGAACAACGUGCGGUUCGUCGGCAAUCCGAUACAGAUACAGACCGGCGGCAAUGAAGGGGUCGGCAAACACGGAGGAGUCGGUGGCGAAACGAAGCCCGAGAGUCCGUCCAUCAUACUGAUCAACAUAGUAUUCGCCCUGGACUCGUUUGCUCGCCGCCUAAUAGUCCAUAACUACUACGAGAUAAGCAGAUGUGUUGGCGUAGCUCUCAAGCACGAAGAAAAACGAUGCGCCUAUCUGUCGUCGCAGAUAAAAGAUAUGCUCAUGGUGCACGAUUCCAUGGCUACAGGUUCAGAGUGUGAUCUAGACACAUCUUUUGAGAAUGAUCAACAUUUCGAGAAAAUCCUCAAAAAUUGUUCCUUAGCUCAGUAUUUAAAAAGAGUGUUCGAGGAUAUAAGUACCACUGGAAAGGUCAACAUAAAAGUUGAUGGCUGGAUUGACGUAAGCUACUGUGUGACAAGCAAGGUCCAUCGUUUCUUUAGGAAAGACCAGUAUUUUGAACCAUACUUUAUUGACAAGUGUUUAGAAGGAAUUGCGCCGUACCACGGUCUGCUCUUGUUAGCUGACCGCAAAGUUCUCCUGGAUAGUUUGCCACUAGAUACUAGUCCAUCAGUUGUUCGGGUUAUCAACAUGUAUAGUCCUAUCAAAAGCUUGGAAACUUUAUCUGCCGAUUCAGAUCUUACCAUUGCUCAAGUAUUUAAUAUAGCUGGUCAUUUGGUUUACUGGGGAGAUGCCACUAUAAUAUUUCCACUGACAGAAAAUAACUUGUAUACUAUUGCUCCUCAUGUACCAACUGAACGCAAUAAUAAAUAUGCCCUAAAAUUUAAAGAAAAGUUUCCCGAUUACGAUUUAUUAGAGGUAAUGAGCGAAUUUUCCUUUCCCACAUCAUUGCAAUAUAAAAUGUGUCCAGUCGAUGAUAAGAGCAGUGGCUCCACAAUGGUUCAAAUAAUAAUUUGGUUGUUGCAACACAAAAUGUUGCUUCAACUUCAUACAUACAUUUACUUUAUGCCAUCCAGUAAAGGUCUUGGUUAUUAUAAGGAGGAAUCAGAUGAUGAUGAUGAUGAACAUUAUAAACUUCCCUCUGAAGAACCAAUGGCUAUGUAUCAAUUGCGGUCAGAUACUGAAUCUGUAGUAACAACAUAUUCUGAAUCCAUGUGUAAAGCAGAAAAAAUGUUCCAUGAAUUGGACGAAGCUGAACAAAUGGCCAUGAUGCAUAUACCGGCAACAGCAAAUCCUGAUGACUUUCAAUUAUUAAUGAGGCUGUUAAGAAAAGGUUAUUUUAAAGGAAAUCAUCACAUAGAAGAAAUAAUGUACUUGCAAAAUAUCCGACGAUCGGAUUUAAUACAAUUAUUGGACAAGUUCAAAGAUGUAUUAGUAAUUGUUGAAAUGCAAGAUCCAAUAAUAAGUUGUUUCUAUUCACAGUAAAAAUAGAAAACACAUUUAAAAUGUUAAUAACCGUCUUUUGCCUCUAAAUUAUAUUUACCAUUUAGUCAUUGUCUUCCAGUAAAAUAUGGUUAUUAAUAUUAUAAAAUAUUUUGUAUAGUGAGGUUUAAUGUUGAUAUUAGAAUAUGAUGGAAUUUAUUUUUUUUUCAUGUAAGACCAAUUUGUAAAUUCGAUAAGAGCAUUU